UAUUUGACCACCAUCAAAAGAGAAAGGGACAACUGGGUAUCCAGUACUGUAAGAGACUAUUAUCACUCACAUCCCAGAUCUCGAAGACAAAUGGCUGUUUGGUGAUGUGGACCGUUGGCCACGGACUCCCUCCAUAUCGCUGUAGCCUGGCCGUGCCUUCGUGAGUCCUGACGGGCCGAGCCCCACCAUGGCCUCGCCGUCACCCCCCAGCACAUCUGUCAGACCGUCCGCUGUGGCGCCAGUGGCGGUGGUCGUCGUCGUGCUCCUGCUGAUGUCGGCGACCACUGUGCAUUCCUCCCAGGGCGACAAAGAGCCGGUGUACCGAGACUGCGUGAAGCAGUGUGUCCAAACCAACUGCACCGGAGCUCGGCUACGGUGGUACCAGACAGCCCAGCCGCAGUAUAUGGCGCUGACAGGUUGGACUUGUCGUGACGACUGUCGCUAUGAGUGCAUGUGGACCACAGUGGGUCUUUACCAGGCGGGGGGGUACAGAGUCCCACAGUUCCAUGGCAAGUGGCCAUUUGCGCGCUUUCUGUGCUUCGAGGAGCCGGCGUCCGCCCUCGCCUCUCUACUCAACGGCCUGGCCUGCCUUCUCAUGCUGCUGCGCUACAGGAGCACCGUGCCACGACAAAGCCCCAUGUUCCACACCAUCAACGCCUUCUCUCUGGUGUCCCUCAACGCCUGGUUCUGGUCCACAGUGUUCCACACACGGGACACCUUCCUCACUGAGAAAAUGGAUUAUUUCUGUGCUACAGCAGUAAUUCUCUACUCCAUUUAUUUAUGCUGUGUCAGAACGUUGGGUCUGAGGCACCCGGGGGUGUCCAGCAUCGUGGGAGUGCUGCUUAUCUUGGCCUUCACGUCGCACGUCUCCUACUUGACGUUCGUCACUUUCGACUAUGGCUACAACAUGGCUGCUAACGCCACCAUCGGCAUGGUGAACCUCCUGUGGUGGCUGUGCUGGUGCUGGAGGAACAGGCGCACGUUGCCCUACUGGUGGAAGUGUGGCCGGGUGGUGCUGCUGCUUCACGGUCUGGCACUGCUGGAGCUCCUCGACUUCCCCCCGCUGCUCUGGGUCCUGGAUGCACAUGCAGUUUGGCACUUGAGCACCAUCCCUGUGCAUUUCCUUUUCUACAGUUUCCUGAUAGACGACAGCCUCUACUUACUAAACACAGAGAAGCUGGGUGUCAAAGUCGAGUAGGAGCAGCUUUAUGAGCACCAUUGCACCUCUCCAAACAUGGCAGCCGGACACUGACUUAGAAGUAGCUUCACCUCCCAGAUGGCCUGCAUGACACCUUCCACUUCCAUCAGGCAGAAGUGUUUACAUUUUUUUGUUUUAUUUUGUGUAUUUAUUUUUUAUAUGAGUAUGAUUUACUGUACUUAACAUUUGCCUUAUCAUUCAUCCUAAGUGGAAAACAGCGUAAGAGAAUUUUCAAGCUUUGAGCGUGAGCUACCAAUAUUUUUUACUUUGCACGAAUGCAAUCUCUGCUGGCUGUCUAUAGGUGACGACAAAUCACCUCCAGCAUGUGUCAGGGGACAUGAGUGCCAAAAGUGGUGCCCUCAGUCCGGUGGAUUGUUCUAGAAAGAGUGGAAGGUGGGGAGGGAGUUAUGUUUGAAAGUUAUUUUAGCUGACUGGGAUAUUUCUCUUCCACCCUUUAUUUUGUGCCUCUGUUGCUGCCUCUUUGAUUUUAUUUUUGUCACUUGCUCCCUUGAUAUUUUUACAUUUUUAUGUGUUUUGAAUUGGGUGGGAUGUGCUUCACGGUCAUUUUAUUCACCUGGAAUGCCUUUUAGUGUGAGAAAACAGAACAAGUGUUAAAAAUGAUGGUGUUUGAAUGAGUAUUUAGAUAAUAGCUUCAUGACUUCUUUUGUCUGGAUUUGAUUUUGAUUUGCUGCAGUAUGGCAGACGCUUCAUCCCCCAUUUCUGCCUCAUAUGCUGCUUGUAAAUGAGAACAUUCCCCUCAUGCUGUAGUCAUAGCAUGUAUGUUGUCAUCCCUCUCUGAGCCCCCUGCCUCAUUUUACUUUUCCAUAUGUGCACUUUAGGGAUGCUUGCAUGUUUUUUGUUUGGAAUCCAUGCUCAUGCCUUUGCAGGUCUGUUUGACAGUGCAGACAAUGGCCACUACACUGUGUUGUUGUUUUUUUCUGUUUUGCACAUCUAGAUGGUUCCUAACCCUUCUAUGUGUAAAUGUACACUCGUGUGGCGGUUUUAAUGUACACAUACAUCAAAUGAAUGCAGUUGUAUACAUCAGCCCUACAGUGGAGCCUUCCCACUUGAGUUUUUUUUCAACCCCUUUACAGUGAAGGUACACUUUACAACCUUAGGUCCCAACACAGCCCCACCCUUAAAUGUGUCUUAAAAAUGUGGGGGUUUUUUGGUUUUUUUUCCCUUUCACCACAUCAAAUUUCAACUUCAGAUGAAGACAGAGAACUGUAUUUCUUUAAAAACGUUUUUAUGCCCUUUUUUGUAAAAAAAAAAAAACCAAA